CAUCAGCGGGUAAACCAAGUUCACCUACCUCAUGACGACGGUGUUCCCGGGAGAGGCAUGACGUGCCGCUUCGCGACGCAACAUUGCUCCAGGUCGGUAGUCUGAAAGCAACGACGACGGCCGCCGCGGCGGCGCCGAGUAGCAGAAGCAGGAGCAGGAGGAGGAGGAGGAGGAGGAGGAGAAGGAAGAAGAGAAGGUCGUACGUAGGGUCUGUCGUACCCGCGUCCGCAUGAAAGGUCGGGGUUGCGGGAAGAUCAAGAGCGAGACAAUGCCGCCAUCCUCGCACACCAACUGGACGAGGCCGCUACUCAAGGGCGGACAAACCAUGCAGAUGCAGGUAAAGCAGCAGUCGACGACCACGACGACGACGACGAUGACAGCGGCGGCGGUGAUGGCGACAACAACGACGUCGUCGUCGGCGCCUACUAGUACUGGCGCCAGUGUUAGUGUGACUCAGAAUCAAAACGACGCAGCGACGCCACUCGACAAGCGAAUCAAGGUGGUCCUGGUGGGCGACGGUGCCGUCGGCAAGACCAGUCUAGUGGUCUCGUACUCGACUAAUGGCUUCCCAGGGGAAUAUGUGCCAACUGCUUUCGACAAUUAUAAUGUGGUUGUAAAUGUGGAUGGUCAGCCGCUGAAUGUCCAACUGUGUGACACAGCAGGACAGGAUGACUUUGAUCCGUUACGAUCAUUGUGCUAUCCUGAGACUGAUGUAUUUCUAGUUUGCUUCAGCGUUGUGUGUCCUUCAUCCUAUCACAGUGUGGCAUCAAGAUGGAUUAAUGAAGUGCGAAAGUACUGUCCAAAUGCUCCAAUCAUUUUGGUAGGAACAAAGUGCGAUCUGAGAUCGGAUGUGCGUUUGAUGCUGCAACUUGCCAGAUACGGCCAAGCACCGAUCACCACUAUCCAGGGUCACCAGCUGGCGCAGAGGCUAGGCGCUGUGAAUUACGUGGAGACGUCCGCGUUGACGCAACACGACCUCAAGGAGGCUUUCGACCAAGCGAUAGUCAGCGCCCUCAAUACGAGGCGCGGCGGUGCUAGUUUAUUAUACCGGCGUAGGAAGCCGCCCCCGCUGUGGCGUAGAUGGUUGUGCUGUUGGGGACGGUCGUCUUCGAGCGAAACUUAAACGAGAUCCUACGUGAUAGACUAUAACUUCUUUAAAAUCCCUCUGUGAUCAUAGGCGGUCGCCGUUCGCCACUGUCAGAAUUGUGCUCCAAGCAUGACGUAUUUGAUAGCUACGUUCUCAUUGUCGAUUAUCCUGACACAGAGAGAAAGAGAGAAAGAGAAAAAAGAGGGGGAGAAAGAGGGAGCAGCUAGUAUUUUGUUAUUUAGAUUUUAGGUGAGUAGACAGUCGAUUGUUUCAGUUCGCGACGAUUACGCGAGAGAGCGACGAAAGAAGCGAUAGAGUGUUUUGAUACUAGUUGUUCCAGCGAGUUCUACUAGUAAAAACUUCGCGCACAAUCAUGUUAGAAUAACAAUUCUCGAGUGCAGUCACGCGCGAUGCUCUAGCCGUUAUCUUCGCAAAUCACACAUAGCCUUCGACCGUUUUACAUGUUUUUGCACGUUUUACGCGUGUAUGAAACUAACGAACUGCCUAAUAAACGCCCAAGGAUACGACGCUGUUUAGAAUAUCGUGCAGCACCGUACCGGGACUAAUGACUGAGUAGCCUAAUCUCGCGAAUCGAUGGUCUGUACUCGAGGAUUAUGCGAACACUUUUACGUCAUCCACGGAUAUUCCGACGCUACGUCGGCCGUGAUAAAUAUUGGAGGGGUCGCGACAGAUGACAGAUACGUUCUGACAGACGAAGCGGGCGCCGCCCGUAAAAUUCCUGAAGCCGCACUUGGCAUAAUUUAUUGUAAUAUUAAUCGUAUUAAUCAUUAUUUUUGUUACUAGCAUGUAAUUGGCUACUCGCUGGUUGUGAUUUUUGUACGUAAUAUCUGUUUUAAUCGUCGCGGUGAGAUCAGUUCUUUACUGCCUUCACAUACCCCGCGCCUCCUUCCUCUUCCCCAUUGAGGAUAAUUAAGCGGAGCCAUUGCGCCCCUCUACGACCACACGUGGCGUAUGACAAUUGUAUAUUUUUUACUUGUUGCGACGACGUGCAUAUAUAUAAAUAUAUUUAUUUUUUAAUAUCUCUUUGAUAUAUAUACAUAUAUGUACAUCGGUAUUUUAGUAGAAGUAAAAGUUAGCUUUAAUCGCCAUUCUCGCAAACCUAGUGACAUCACACGUAUACAGAUACAUGUGUGUGUUUGAACGCAGAAUUUAUACGUAUAAUAUUAUAAGGCAACGGUAACGGAGCAAUGAUAUUUCGUAUAAUGUGUUUUUUUUAUAUAAAUUUAUGUGAUGUAGUAGUGUUUGUACGAACGCGAUAGCAGUAACUGUAGGAAGGAAUAUCAAACACGUUAAUUAAAACGAGGAGUGUAGAACGUGCGCAAAUAAGGAGAGACCGACCACCCGACAUUAACUCGACGAUCCAGGCGCACUUGAAGUUUGUAGAAAAAGGAAACACACUGUGAUCUUACCUGAAACUGUCUUCUGGAGGUUCUCUGUAUGUCACAUACGGAAUUGUAUGAAUAAGGCUACAGAUAAGAUUCAAAAUUGUUCUGCAUAAUGUAUAAGCUUAACUUGCUGUAACACUUUGUUUCCAUCAAGGUGCAUCAAAAAUAAAUUGUAUAUAAGUAUUUA